AUGGCUGUUUCCAACACACAGAGAGAUGCGAUUGACUCUAUUGUUCAAUAUCUCGAUAGAAUCAACCUGAGGCAAUCCGCAAGAAUGCUGGAGCGUGAAUCUGGUUUAUUCUUCAAUCUGGCUUAUUUUGAAGACUGUUUUGUUCGUGGAGCCUUUGAAGCCGCUGAGGACUACAUGAUGGGAUUCACCGGAGUCCAUGACAACAUAUUUUCAAUAAAUGUUGUUUUUGAGCUCCGGUGGCACAAGUUCCUGGCCACCCUAAGCGAAAAUCAUCGUGAGGAGGCGCGAGUCAUCAUCCGCGAAAAACUUCAACCAUUGGGGAUCUACAACCAAGAGUUGGUUGGCUUCGCUACUUAUCUAGUGAAUAUGCAUAACUUCAGGAUGCAUGAAGCUUUUUUUUACUACGGGGAUCCAGAGUACCACAGGAGGGAGAGGGUGGAGUUCAUUAGGGUGAACUUGGAGUCCAAUCCUCUAUUGUUUGGGAAAAUUCGGUAUCCCAUUCUCAACGUGAAUAAUGCAGUCAUCGUACCACCUCAAGUUCCAACAGCUCUAGCAGUUCCUGCCGCUUCACUAAUUCCAAUUCCAGCACCUCGAGCAGCUCCCGGGCCAUUAGCAUUACCGGGACCGAGGAAUUUUAGUGUUACUCCGAGCUGGUUUCCUAGAACUCGGAGGACCUAA